UCUUUUUCUCUCUCACACACACACACAGUCUCUCAGAAUAUUUGUCGAGCGGAUUUGAUUUUGAUUUCGUGUAUUUGAUAAAUAUUUACAUAUUAAUCGGUUAAUUUAUUUGGUUCGACGAGGAGGAUGAUGCAAGAUUCGGCAGCUCAACAACCCGAAAUUCCUAUUAUCGUUGGUGAUUCUUCUUCCUCUUCUUCUCUUCAUCCUUCUUCUCAGGGUGAUCAUCAGGUUAAAGAAAAUUCUGAUGAAGAUGUGCCCAGCUCACAAUCUAGCGGAACCCAUUUGGAUCUUUCUAUACAAAUACCGCCAAGACCAAUUCCAUUCGGUAACGGCCGUAACCCAAAGAGUUCACUGAAGUCCACAAGUUCAUUCAAAAGUGGUACUACAUCCUCACCAAGAGGAAUCUUCCGGAAUUUAAGCUUGAAAAAGAAAGUUUUUUCCCAAACUGAAAGCGAGAGAAGCUCCCUACUAUCUCCUGGUCUCAUGGAAACUGCAAAGAAGCCCAUAACUCCCACUUCAACAACGUCGCCUUAUUGGAAAAGAUGCUUGUCUCUUCCUAGUAGACAUGCCGCAAAAUUGUCUCCUGUUGUAUCUACACAAGUUUCAGCUGGGAUGCCUGGUGAACCACCUAAUAAAGAUUAUGUUCGUCCAGCAGUUCCAAGGUCUUUGUCUAUGCCCGGAAGAAACAAAGUGAUUGUGCGAUCCAUCUCUUUCGACAACCACAAAGCCCGUGUUGCCAGUGAAACAAGUCCAGCAGAUCAUAUAUCUCCUGUUCCUCCUGAAGAAACUGAUGAAGAAAUUCCGGAAGAAGAAGCAGUGUGCAGGAUCUGUCUGGACGUGUGCGAAGAAGGUAAUACUUUGAAAAUGGAGUGCAGCUGCAAAGGUGAUCUCAGACUUGUUCAUGAAGCGUGUGCCAUUAAGUGGUUUAGUACAAAGGGAACAAGAACCUGUGACGUCUGUAGGCAAGAAGUCAAGAACUUACCAGUUACAUUGGUUCGGGUGCCCACAACUAAUCAACCAACCAACAGGCGGGAUCGCAGUCAACAGAAUAUGCAAUCACAAACGGCUAGCGCUUGGCAAGAGUUUGUGGUGCUAGUACUAAUCAGCACAGUCUGCUACUUCUUCUUCCUCGAGCAAUUACUGAUUCGUGACUUGAACAAGCAAGCUAUCUACAUCGCGGCACCAUUUUCACUUAUGUUAGGCCUCUUAGCAUCUGUUUUUGCCAUUGUCCUCGCUAUCAGAGAAUACAUAUGGACAUACGCAGCACUUGAGUUUGCGCUUGUGGGCAUGUUGGUUCAUAUAUUAUAUGCUACAGUUAGGCUAUCUGCGAUCUAUUCUAUACUUUUUGCAGGGAUUCUUGGUUUUGGGAUAGCUGUGUGCCUAAACUCGUUGUAUCUUCAUUAUUUCGCUUGGCGUGUACGCAUUGCAGAAAACUCAAGCCCAGUAUGAACUAUGAAAUCUCUUUUCCGAGAUUAUGGAAGAAGAAGUUGUUGGUGAGGAGAUUCAUCUGAUCCACCAGUAACCUGUAAAAUGUAAAUAUGUACACACUCUUCUUCGAACAUGUUACCGAAGUUUCUUUUUGUGCCACCCUUUGUGUUUUUCCCGGGCACGAUGAUGAUUUGUGAAAGAGAAAACAUUGUGUAUCAGGUAAAAAGAGUAAUGUAUGUGAUGUGUUUUUUCAUCUUUUCUGGAAUGCAAACGUUUUACAACGCC